GAUCAAGGUACUGGCAGCAAUUGAUCUACGAAACAAAGUUUUACAAGCUCGAAGUGCCACAUUGGAUGUUGAGGUGCGCAAUGUUGAUGAUUUAUUGAAGGAGUUAUUUGCUUUGCGUCAGCAAUGGCCAUGCCUUCUUGCUGAAGCAAAAGCAGUAGCAGGUGAAAUUGGAAUACCUGUUGAAUUUCCAGUCAAGCGAAAACGACAAAGGAAAUCGUUUUUUGAUGAAGCAUCUCAUGAUGAUACAAGAAAUAUUAAUGCAGAAGACACAUUUAAGAAUGAAGUAUUUUAUGUCCUUGUGGAUGCAGUUAUUGGAGGAAUCACAACUAGGUUUAAUGCAGUCAAAAAGCUCACUGGUACCUUUUCGUUUUUGUGGAAAUAUUUGAGUAUGAAUGAGACUGAUUUGCAUUCAAGUGUACAGAAAUUUGUGGAUGCAUAUAGUGUGGAUGUAUCUAAUGAUCUCAUUCAAGAAAUGGAUGAAAUUAAGAAGAUUCACACAGCUAAUUUUGGUGAGGACCAGUUACAGCCAUUUGAGCUUUUGAACAGUUUAAACAAAUAUAAACUGACCACACUUUUUCCAAAUUGCUGUAUUGCACUUCGCAUUUUUUGCACGCUGCCAGUAACCGUUGCUGAAGGUGAACGUUCUUUCAGUAAAUUAAACCACAUCAAGAACUACCAACGUUCAACCAUGACCGAAAAUCGAUUGACUGACUUUGGAACACUAGCAAUUGAAAGCAAACUUGCAAGACAGUUAAAUUUCGAUAAUAUCAUUGAUCACUUUGCUAGUUUAAAAGCCAGAAAGGCACAUGUUUAAUUAUCUAAUCAUUGUAAUGAUGACUUAUUAUACUUUAA